AUGCUUGGUAACAUCGCUAUUAUCUUUCGUUGUCAGAUAUGUAUAGAAUCUAUUUGCGAUAUCUUCAGAAGCAGGUUGGAAUCUAUCAAUUUCUUUCUUUUUCGCAUCGAUUAUUUUUUUAUAAUUAUAUUUUUCGUUUUAAAUAUUUGUUACCUUCUGCGUGUGCAUGUGUGGGGGGGUGAGAGAAAGAGAGAGAGAAAAGGGCAAGAAUUCAGGCAGUUGUACAAUUUUACGUGUUUAUUUUUUUUAUCUUUCUCGACAUAUACGGAUCUAACCGAAGGCACUCUCUCUCUCUCUCUCUCUCUCUCUCUCUCUGUUUCUCUUUUUUACGUCCUCUCCCCGUAUGUGUAUCUGCCAUUCCCACUUAAUGUUCCUAUGAUUCACCACUUUACGCUUUUAUUAUUCCCUCUUUCUGUCGCUGUUAUUCUUUACUUUAUGCGCCUAUCAUUCCCAGUAUACGCGCUUAUUAUUCAUUCUUUACGCAUCUGUUAUUCCCACCUUACGCGCCUACUAUUCCCCACUUUACACGCCCAUUAUUCUCACUUUCUGAGACUACUAGUCUUCAUUUAUAUGCUUAUUAUUUUCCACUUUACGCGCCUAUUAUUCUCACCUUACGCGCCUACUGUUCCUAUUUUAUGCUCUUAUUAUUCCCACUUUACGAGUCUAUUAUUCCCACUUUACGUCCCUUUCAUUUCCACUUUAUGCGUCUAA